UUGUCACGGCUACGGUUGGGAGGCAGAGCAGGGAGGCUGUGCUGGGAGAGAAGGGGUGCAGAGCCCCCCCAUCCUCUGCAGGAGCUGGGGCAGGACACACAACCAGCCCUGGGGGCAGUUCAUUCUCUUGGGAGACCCAUGGCAGAAUCUGUUUAAAUGCUUUCUGAGAGACCCUGGAGCCUCAGGCACUGCAGGAGCUCAGCAUUCCUCGGGGAGCCCCCCUGACAGCACAGCAGGACACCUGGACCGUGGAGGCUCCAGAGCAUCACCACACCCAGAACAUCACGCCAUGAACGGGUACUUGGACGAAUCCAAUUUCCUGAUGGUGGAGGAAGGCUUCACCACCAGAGACCUCCUGGAGAACCUUCUAGGGGAGCUGUGCCAAGAGAGCGACCAGCAGCCCUUCUUCGUGGCAGACCUUGGGGACAUUGUGAAGAAACAUCUGCGUUUCCUGAAGGCUUUGCCCCGAGUGAAACCCUAUUUCCCAGUGAAAUGCAACGGCAGCGAAGGGGUGAUUCGGCUGCUGGCAGAGCUGGGGGCAGGAUUUGCCUGUGCCAACAAGGCAGAAAUCAGCAGGGUUCAAGGCAUUGGGGUCCCAGCUGACAGGAUUUUCUACAGCAGCCCCUGCAAGCAGGUCGCCCACAUCAGGUACGCGGCCGCCCACGGCGUGAGGCUGAUGGCCUUUGACAACGAGGUGGAGCUGAGCAAGGUGGCCAGGAGCCACCCCCGUGCCAGGCUGUUGCUGGGGAUCACUGCUGACUCCAUCCCUGCUGCCCUCCCGAGCUUGGCUUUUGGGACCACGCUGAAAUCCUGCCGGCACCUGCUGGAGACGGCCAAGGAGCAGGCAGUGCAGGUUGUGGGCAUCAGCUUCCACCUGGGGAGCCGUGGGCUGGAGCCCCAGGCCUUGGCCCAGGCUGUGGCCACAGCACAGCUGGUGUUUGACAUGGGCACGGAGCUGGGACACCACAUGCACCUCCUGGACCUUGGAGGGGGAUUCCCUGGCACUGAGGACACCAGAGCCCCACUGGAAGAGAUCGCUGCAGGGAUAAACUCUGCCUUGGAUUUGUACUUCCCCGAGGGCAGUGGGGUGGACAUUGUGGCCAGACCUGGGCGUUACUACGUCACCUCUGCCUUCACCCUGGCUGUCAGCAUCACUGCCUUGGAGGAGAUCCCCGUGGAGCAGCCUGGCUCUGACGAGGAGGAGUGUGGCAGCAAGAAGAGCCUGGUGUAUCACCUCAGUGACGGCAUCUACGGCGCCUUCAGCUGCCUCCUGUUCGACAGCCCCUGCCCCAGACCUCGUCUGCACAAGAGACCCUGCCCGGAGCACCCCUGGCACAGCUGCAGCCUGCGGGGCCCGCCGGGGCACGGCGAGGAUCGCAUCGCCGACGGGCUGGAGCUGCCCCUGCUGCACGUGGGGGACUGGCUGGUUUUUGGCAACAUGGGAGCCUACACAGUGCCAGCAUCAUCUCUGCUCACCGCAGGUCCCCAGCCACGUGUCACCUACGCCAUGUCCCGCAUGGCCUGGAAAGCCAUCCAGCUCUUCCAGGGAAAGCCACCCCAGGCAGAAGACGACCGUGAGAGCCUCUGCACCCCCCUGUCCUGCGGCUGGGAGAUGGCAGAGACCCUUUGUGUCACCCCUGUCUUCGCUCCAGCUGGCAUCAUCUGAGCACUGGGGGAGAAGGAGCCGUGGUGGGAAAGCUCCUGUGGUGGUGCUGGCAGGGAAAAUGUCACAAAAUGGCAUCAGGGUGGGAAAAAAUCCCAUGGCAGCACCAGGGGAAAAGUCCCACAGUGCUGCUGGAGGGAUAAAAAUCCUACAGUGGGAAAAAUCCCAUGGCAGCACCAGGGGAAAAGCCCCACAGUGCUGCUGGAGGGAUAAAAAUCCUACAGUGGGAAAAAUCCCAUGGCAGCACCAGGGUAAGAGUCCCACAGUGCUGCUGGAGGGAUAAAAAUCCUACAGUGGGAAAAAUCCCAUGGCAGCACCAGAAGGGAGAGAUCCUGUGGUGGUACCAGAGGGGGAAAGGACCCCAUGGCAGUGCUAGGGAGGGGGAAGGUGCCAUCCUGCCACUGGCACUGCCCCACUCUGCUCUCACAGACUUGGAAGUAAAUCCUGUCCCAUAAAUCCUGCUCCUCCA